UUCAUGCAUACCAGUAGAGGGUACAAAUGCUCUGCCUGGCUCUACAAGGAAAGUACACACGAAAUUGAUCAGCCAGGUGUACCCGCUUUCACAUUUGUGGAGAGGGGACUAUACAAAGCGAACGACCUCGCCAAUCACCACUAAAGGGAUGAGCCGAGCGCGAUUAGACUAAAAUCAUGUGUCCAUCCGCGCCGCGCGCGUGUCCCCGCGCGCCGGGGGUUAAGCCGGCGCGUGCCCCGCGGGUGCCCAGGUGGCCGCUCCCCCCGCCGUCCGAUCCCACCCACGGACGCCCGUGACGCACCGGUGCACUCCUCCUCGUCGCCCAAAGCCCGCACCAUGGUUGUAGUACACUAGUACGAGGAGCAACGGAGGUCGGAGCGUGAACGGAAUAUAAAUGGGGGCGAGCAGGGUCAAGCGCUACCAUCCAAGAACCAAGAAUCUCUAAAGGCGCCGCUCCCGUCUACCGCAGGCAGCAGCGAAGCACCCAUCGGCUUCAGCGACCGAUCGGAAUCCAGUGGAGCAGAGAGACUUAGUAGAGAACCGCAUGGCGUCGCUGAAGCCGCCGGUGGCGGCGGAGGAGCAGCAGGCGGCGGAGAUGGAGGCGAAGGUGGAGCGGUGCCCUGUGGAGGAGGUGGCGCUGGUGGUGCCGGAGACUGACGACCCGUCGGUGCCGGUGAUGACAUUCCGGGCGUGGACGCUGGGGCUGGGCUCCUGCGUCCUGCUCAUCUUCCUCAACACCUUCUUCACGUACCGCACGCAGCCGCUCACCAUCUCGGGGAUCCUCGCCCAGAUCCUCGUGCUCCCCGCCGGACGCUUCAUGGCCGCCGUGCUGCCCGACCGCGAGGUCAGGAUCCUCGGCGGCCGCCUCGGCAGCUUCAACCUCAACCCGGGCCCCUUCAACGUCAAGGAGCACGUCAUCAUCACCAUCUUCGCCAACUGCGGUGUCUCCUACGGCGGCGGCGACGCAUAUUCCAUCGGCGCCAUCACCGUCAUGAAGGCCUACUACAAGCAGACGCUAAGCUUCGUCUGCGCCCUCCUCAUUGUCCUCACAACACAGAUACUUGGGUACGGCUGGGCUGGAAUGCUGAGGAGGUACCUGGUCAACCCUGCGGAGAUGUGGUGGCCUUCUAAUCUUGCCCAGGUCUCACUCUUCAGGGCGCUGCACGAGAAGGAGGAGGGCGGCGGGAAAUCGAGGGGCCCGUCGCGGAUGCGCUUCUUCCUCAUCGUCUUCUUCGCGAGCUUCGCCUACUACGCGCUGCCGGGGUACCUGCUGCCGAUCCUGACAUUCUUCUCGUGGGCGUGCUGGGUGUGGCCGCACAGCAUAACGGCGCAACAGGUCGGGUCCGGGUACCACGGCCUCGGCGUCGGAGCCUUCACGCUCGACUGGGCAGGCAUCUCAGCAUACCACGGCAGUCCGUUGGUGGCGCCGUGGGCGUCCAUCGCCAACACGGCUGUGGGAUUCGUCAUGUUCAUCUACGUCAUCGUGCCGCUCUGCUACUGGCGGUUCAACACGUUCGACGCGCGCAGGUUCCCCAUCUUCUCCAACCAGCUCUUCACGGCGUCCGGGCAGAAGUACGACACCACCAAGGUGCUCACCAGGGAUUACGACCUCAACGUCGCCGCCUACGAGAGCUACGGCAAGCUCUACCUCAGCCCGCUCUUCGCCAUUUCCAUCGGCUCUGGCUUCCUGCGAUUCACGGCCACCAUCGUCCACGUUCUGCUCUUCCACGGCAGCGACAUGUGGAGACAGAGCAGGUCGGCGAUGAACGCGGUGAACCAGGACGUGCACGCGAAACUGAUGCAGAGGUACAAGCAGGUUCCGCAGUGGUGGUUCCUCGUGCUGCUGCUGGGUAGCGUGGUGGUGUCGCUGCUCAUGUCCUUCGUAUGGAAGGAGGAGGUGCAGCUGCCGUGGUGGGGGAUGCUCUUCGCCUUCGCGCUCGCCUUCAUCGUCACCCUCCCCAUCGGCGUCAUCCAGGCCACCACAAACCAGCAACCGGGGUACGACAUCAUCGCGCAGUUCAUGAUCGGCUACGCGCUGCCCGGCAAGCCCAUCGCCAACCUGCUCUUCAAGAUUUACGGCCGGAUCAGCACCGUGCACGCGCUCUCGUUCCUCGCGGACCUCAAGCUCGGCCACUACAUGAAGAUCCCUCCACGGUGCAUGUACACCGCCCAGCUGGUGGGGACGGUGGUCGCCGGAGUGGUGAACCUGGCGGUGGCGUGGUGGAUGCUGGAUAACAUCGAGAAUAUCUGUGACGUCGAGGCGCUGCACCCGGACAGCCCAUGGACUUGCCCCAAGUACCGCGUCACGUUCGACGCGUCGGUGAUCUGGGGCCUGAUCGGCCCCGAGCGGCUCUUCGGCACGCACGGGCUGUACCGCAACCUGGUGUGGCUGUUCCUGGUCGGCGCCGUGCUCCCGGUGCCGGUGUGGCUGCUGAGCAGGGCAUUCCCGGAGAAGAAGUGGAUCGCGCUCAUCAACGUGCCCGUCAUCUCGUACGGGUUCGCCGGGAUGCCGCCGGCCACGCCCACCAACAUCGCCAGCUGGCUCGUCACCGGCACCAUCUUCAACUACUUCGUGUUCAGGUACCGCAAGGGGUGGUGGCAGAAGUACAACUACGUGCUCUCGGCGGCGCUCGACGCCGGCACGGCGUUCAUGGGGGUGCUCAUCUUCUUCGCGCUCCAGAACGCGCACCACGAGCUCAAGUGGUGGGGGACGGAGGUGGAUCACUGCCCGCUCGCCUCCUGCCCCACCGCGCCGGGCAUCGCCGUCAAGGGCUGCCCGGUGUUCUAAGUUCUAAGCUGAGUAGCUGGCCGUAGCAGUCCAUGCAUCGAUUAACCGGUGCAGUGCUUGUCACUCGUGAAUGUGACAAAUCGUUUCACCACAAAGAUACACUAUAUCAGUGGUGGAUUCAGAGGGAGAAGAAAAAAGUGACUAUACAACAACCCAGUGUUCUAACACCCGAAUGUUGAGCCAUUGGAUCUGUAACCAACUGAUCAGAUUUGAUGUAACUAAAGACUUAGCACUUUCGAUGUUUGUGUAAAUUGCCAUGAGACAUAACUCACCAUUAUUUGAAGUAGUCACCAUA